UUAUUAAACCCUAGGCUAUAGAUUUUAGAUUAGAGAGAGGCUCUUCCUGCAUUUCGACCAAAAUCGUCACCGUAACGACCUCGGCGGCGGCACUGAGUCAUCAACCCCGGUGCAUAGAGAAGAAGAGAAUUAGGUUGGAUGGAGCAGAGGCUAGCAAAUUCAUGGCGCCAAACCAUAAACGAGAAGAAAUUCAUAGAGACCGCACUCUUGUCGGAGCUCCGAGUUGACGGUCGGCGCCCCUUCGACUACCGCAAGCUCACCAUCAAGUUCGGCAAGGACGACGGCUCCUCGGAGGUCCAGCUUGGCCACACUCACGUCAUGGCCAUCGUCUCCGCCCAACUGCUCCAGCCCUACAGGGAAAGGCCAAACGAGGGCACACUCGCCGUCUUCACUGAAUUCUCCCCCAUGGCCGACCCUUCCUUCGAACCCGGCCGCCCAAGGGAGUCCGCCGUCGAGUUAGGCCGCAUUAUUGAUCGCGGGUUGAGGGAGAGCCGAGCCGUCGAUACAGAAUCGCUCUGUGUCCUCUCUGGGAAGCUCGUUUGGGCGGUUCGCAUUGAUAUCCAUAUUCUUGACAAUGGAGGGAAUCUUGUUGAUGCUGCUAAUAUUGCUGCUCUGGCUGCUUUGUUGACGUUCCGGCGGCCAGAAUGUUCGUUAGGGGGAGAAGAUGGUCAGCAAGUUGUGGUGCAUCCUCCUGAGGUGCGUGACCCAAUUCCUUUGAUCAUACAUCAUCUUCCUAUAGCUGUGACGUUUGGAUUUUUCAGCAAUGAAAAUAUUAUGGUGAUAGAUCCAACAUACCAUGAAGAGGCUGUACUGACCGGUCGGAUGACUGCUACAGUGAAUGCAAAUGGUGAUGUUUGCUCCAUUCAAAAGGCAGGUGGGGAAGGAGUAUCUCAGCAAGUUCUCAUGCAUUGCUUGAAACUAGCUCAUGUUAAAGCUGGUGAUAUUACAGCCAAGAUAAAGGAUGCAGUUGAAAUAUACAACACUCAAAGGGCACUACGGAAGAUUAAACGUCAUUCCACUUCUGUUGCCAUGGAUGUAUGUGGUACCCCUGCCAAAUCAAGAGAAAAGCAAAAUCAAUUAGAUGGUAGUCAUUUAGACCAGUCAAAGUUUAAAGAUGAGGCAAGCUCUAUGGAAUGUGAUGCCACAUCAUCUGGACAGGAACAAAGUAACAAGAGAGAUGGAGUUUCUAAUAAAUUUAUUGGCGGGCCUUCAAGCUGGGAUCCGUACUCAGAGUGUGUCAAUUCUGAUCUUCUAAAAGCAUCUCUAGCAUCACAUGCAGGACCGGCAACUCAUAGAAAGCAGAAGGGUUCAAGAAGUGAGACUAAGGCAGAGGAACCACCACAGGAAAUGACGACAGAUUCUUCACCAACUGCCGCAGGUCUAGAUGCUGCCCAGAAUAUUGAAGGUAAGACGCUGAAGGAUGCCGUUAAGCCCAAGAACAAAAGAAAGAAAAAAAGGCUGCCUUCCGAUAGUGGAAAUUAAGUGUGCUGUUGUCAGUUGGACUAAUUGCCACUGACCAUAUAUUUUGUCUAAAGUGUUUAUCUGUACCAUUUCUAUUGUUUUUGCCUUUUUGGUUUGAACAAAAGUUUUAGCCAGGACGUUUUAAGGAUUUGGAUACACAAAUUCUGACCAAUUAUGUGACAGUAUUCACUAAUUCUUCAUAAUGAAGUAAGAUUAUUUAACUGUUA